AUGCCAAACAUCAACGCUCCCUACCGCUGCAUUGGCAAGGGAUUUUGCGGCAGCGUCUGGGCUGCUGAAGAUGGCACGAAUCAUGCCAUCAAACGCGAAGAUGGAGGACCCGGACGAUCCGUCACCAACGACUACAACAUGCAUCUGCAAAUCAUUCGAAGCGCAAACCAACAUCGUCCUUCAAUGCCUCUAGCUAUACCACAGUGUCAGUCGUUGAUAUACUCAAACAAUAUGUGGUGGGUUGAAAAUCUCCACCGCUUCCCUACCGGCUUCACAGAGUGUAGAGCGCUCAUAUCGGAACGAAUCCCUAAGAUACCUCGAUCUAUCAGCGACAAGAUUGUGGACCUAUUCUGCGCGGGCAACACGUCACUCUCGGCCUUUGUGAAAGGGAAUGAAGACGACGACUGCUGUCUUAUCCGUCCCUACCUAGGGCGACGACGGGAACGCGAAGCAAACACGUCGCGCUUCCAGCGGUUCAGUCUCAGGAACGUUCCUUUACAUAUCAACCAGAUGGAAGACCUCGGCCUCGAUUACGUCGCCUACGCGCAGACUAUGGCGGAUGCGCUUGCUAUCAUGCACUGGGGCGCCAAAGUCGACGCUAAUGACGUCGAGUUCGUACUUGCACCUCCGCGAGCCUCAUCAACACGAACAUCAUUCCCAUCACACUAUCUUGGCAAACACGUCAUGUGGAUUUUAGACUUUGACUGUGUGAGACACAUGUCUAUGGACGAAGCUGGGCUGAAGCAGGCGUGCGCGGCGUUUAUGAGAAACGAUCCUUUCUACCCACGACCGGACGGCACGGAAACUGCUGAUGAAGCGUUAUGGUGGUUCUUUAGGCAGAGAUUUCUGGACACUAGCCUACCACGGAGACUGAUGGAGAUGAUUGAGGAGGAAGGCUGUAGGCGGCGGAAGAAGAAAGAGGAGCUACGCGAGCGGGAUGAAGAUACGGAACAGGACUAG